UUGUCUCGUGGUGACGUCACGCAAACAAGACUCUGAAACCGGAAGAGGAAAUCACACCGUUAUCUGUGGAUGUUUAUUUCAAAUUGAAAGCAACAAAAAAAAUAUAUAUUUAAAAAGAAUGAAUCCUCCAAUUAUCAACUCUACUAAUUCGGUGACAACUUCUACUAAAAGUAAGUUUCUGAAAAAAGGAAAGCGAGAGGCCGAGCGCUCCGUCAACUGGACAGUGGAAGAGACCCAGGUGUUGCUGUGUGCCUGGAGUGACGAGCGAGUGCAGAAGAGCCUGGCGGAGAAUGUCCGUAACCGCCAUGUUUUCAAACACCUCUCAGCCCGCAUGUGUGACCUGGGCUUCUCCCGCAGUCCCCACCAGUGCCGGCUCCGCGUCAAGACCCUCAAGGCCAACUAUGUCAGAGCCAAGCUGCUGAUGAGCGUGGAUGACUCCCAACCCUGCAGUUUCAGGUACUACUCUGAGAUGGAUGCUGUGCUGGGGAGAAAUCGCGCUAUGGAAGGGACUGGAGGAGGGCGGCAUUUGGAUCUUCCGAAGGCAUAGGAGGAUUAUUAGGAGGGUGCCAUUUUGGUUCUGAAUUGAUCGCAGAAACAGGGCGCUAUUUGGGAUCUGAAGGGAUUGGAAGACUAGGAGGAGGAUGCAAUUUUGUAUCUUCGGAAGGGACGGCAGGACGGAACUCACGGUAUAUGGUGUCUGAGAUGAAGGUGGAGGAGGACAGGGAGGCAGACGACACAGACGACUACGAGUUCAACGAUGUAGGAAUCACCACUCGGUCACUGGUUGGCCCGGGUGGAAGACGCCAUGAUGCUUUUCUAGAGCACAGCAACGACUAUCAUGAACCUGCUGUUCAUCCAUUGGAGGGUGACCGCAGCUCCAGGUCAACACCGCCACCACCCCAGCCUGCUUCCCAUUUUUCUCCACCCCCAGACCAUUACCCCAACCUGGGCAGUGGUAUCACCAUUGCCUCCACCCAGCCCCUAGAGCCUGUGUUGAAGCACUUGGCAGACUGCUUCCAGAGACUGGUCUCAGAGUCCCGGGGUCUGAUGGUACAGCUGGAGGGUCAGAGGCAGGAGCAGGCUCGCUGGCAGCAGGCCUUGCUCUCUCAGUGGCUGGAGAGAGAGGAGCUGAGGCAGAGGGAGGCGGCGGACAGGGAGGACCGGAGGGAGAAGGCCCGUAUGGCGCAUGAGAUCAGGGUACUGACGCUCCUCAGUGGCCUGGCCCAGAACCAGCAGAGCCAGAAGCAGACACCACAUCACAGCUGCAGCUGUUGCCACCAGUGUAGCAGGGUGGAGGCAGGAGGUGGGGCUGUUGCCGGGGCCUCGACCAUCACCAGACAUGAUGAUGGAACUGAGGACAGAGACCAGAUGGAAUCAGAGGCCUUAUAGAAGAAAGGGUUGGAUACAGACCUGGUGUGUGUGUGUAAGAACUCCAUGCCUUUCAAAAUGUAUGUUUAACUUCUUGCUGGAGUGUUUGGCCUACAUGAAAUAAAUGUGUUUUUUCAUUAAUUUGUUAAUUGUUUAAUUAAUUAACUCUGACAUUAAGGGUUCAACAUCUGGAAUUCAGUAUUAUUCUCUCAACCUUUUUUUUUUUAUU